AUGAAGCCACAUCAAUCAUACAGAGAGUGGGUAGCCGAUCUCCGCGGAUUGGCAAGAGAGUGUAACUUUUCGUGCUCAGCCCAGAAUUGUUUGCACAAUUUCGUGGAUGAUAUGAUUCGUGACCAAAUUAUUAUACGUACACCGCACGAUGCAGUGCGCACGGCUGCGUUCCAAAAGCCCCAGCCGACACUUGCUGAUGUUUUGCAGAUUGCAGAAUUGUACGAAACAACCACUAAAACGGUGGCAACAAUUAAAGAACAAACGAUCGAAAACUCAAUGCCUGUUAAUUCAGUUGUAAAAUUCAAAUCAUGUUCUGGCUGUGGAAACUCUCAUGCAAGAGAAAACUGUAAAUUUAGAAAUGCUGUAUGCAAUAGAUGUAGCAAAAUUGGACAUAUUGCGCCAGUGUGCAUGUCAAAACAAAACAAGAACAACAAACGUAAUUCAGGUGAUGAAAACAAGAAGAAAGAUUACCGUCGUAAAAGUCACAACAUUGGUACUGUUGAAACAAUUAACAGUUUAACAGGUAUUGUAAAAACUGAAAGCAAUAAGAAUUACAUUGACUUGGAAAUUUGUAAUAAAAUUGUGUCUUUCCAAAUGGAUUCUGGUGCAACAGUUUCUCUAAUAAAUAAGCGAACAUUCAAAACUCUAAAUUGCCCAAAGUUGCGAAAUUGUACAAAAACCUUAUUUGGUUUUGGCAAAAAUGAAAUUCCAGUGCUUGGUGAACUUUGCGUAGAUAUCAAAUGUGGCGGAAAAGAAAGGGAAGUGGUAAUCGUUGUCGUGGAUGUCGAAAACUGUAACAAUUUAUUCGGUUUCGAUUUAUUUAAAGAAUUCGGCCGACAAAUUCCAUUUUCGCAAAUGUCACUUUUCAAGAAAGAAGUCGAUCGAUUGACAAAUGCGGGUAUUUGGAAACCUGUGAAGUUUUCCCAAUGGGCUUCGCCUAUUGUACUAGCGCCAAAAGCUGAUGGUUCCAUAAGAAUUUGUGGGGAUUUUAAACAAGCAGUCAAUGCGCAAAUUGACAUUGAACAAUAUCCUUUGCCCAUACGCGAAAGUCUUUUCCAUAAAAUUAAUUGCGGUCAACAUUUUACAAAAAUCGACCUUAAGGAUGCGUAUUUACAAAUGGAACUCGACGAUGAAGCAAAAACAAUAAUGGUUGUCAACACUCCACUUGGGUUAUUCCAAUACCAACGUUUACCGUUUGGAAUUGCAAGCGCUCCAGCUAUAUUCCAAAGAUAUCUUGAGCAGUUACUUCAAGGCGUAGAAGGUUGCGGAAAUUAUCUCGAUGACAUUAUCAUCUCCGCACCUACAUUUCAACAACACAUCAGCCGCCUAGAACAAGUACUUCGUAUUUUGCAACAAAAUGGUAUAUUGCCAGAUGAGUCAGGACUAAAAGCAGUAAAAAACCUGCAGCCGCCUAAAGAUCUAAAGCAAGCAGAAGCAUUCAUGGGUAAGGUAAACUAUUACCAUAAUUUUAUACCUAAUUUUUCGCAAUUAUUCGCGCCAAUCAACAUGCUGCGCCGAAAAAAUGUAAAAUUCACAUGGGGUACAGCACAACAACAAGCAUUUAUAGCUCUUAAAACGCAUAUUCUCAAUGCAGCGCAAUUAGCACAUUAUCAGGAAGAUUUACCGUUGGUUCUAGCUACAGAUGCCUCCUCCUAUGGCAUAGGAGUCGUGCUCUCGCAUACGUACGUUGACGGUACAGAAAGGCCUAUUGCUUUUGCAUCUAAAACUCUCGACAUUCAUCAACGACGAUAUAGUCAGAUAGAGAAGGAAGGGCUAGCUAUCGUUUUUGGAGUCAAGCGUUUCCAUCAAUAUUUAUACGGAAGAAGAUUCACCUUGGUUACUGACCACAAACCUCUUGUUAGCAUUUUUAAUCCAAUUCAUCAGUUGCCGUCGAUGACGUCACAUCGUUUACAGCGAUGGGCUAUUAUACUAAUGGCUUAUCAGUAUGAUGUUCGGUAUCGUAAAACUACUGAGCAUGGAAAUGCUGAUGCUUUAUCUUGUUUACCUGUUGGUGAAGAUAAAACUUUUGAUCAUGAAGAAUCCUGUUUCAACAUCAAUGAACUUAACACACCUAUCGACGCUGAAAUAAUUCGUCAGCAUGCCAAAAAUGACCCAAUUCUUCGCCGAGUUUAUUUUCUCGUUACAAACGGUUGGCCUGAAAAGCUAAUGCCUCAAGAUACGGAGUACAACCGGGUUGUCAUUCCAGCCUCCCUUAAGCAGAAAAUUCUUAAACUUCUUCAUGAUGGUCAUUGGGGAGUAUCGAGAAUGAAACAGCUAGCUCGACAACAUGUCUGGUGGACUAAUAUUGACAAAGACAUCGCACAAUUAACUGAAAAUUGUGAUGUGUGCAAAAUUGCAAAUCCUGUUCACGCACGUGAAUACUUAAGCUGGCCUGAAGCUGAUCGACCUUGGGAGAGAGUACAUAUCGACUUUGCUGGUCCAUUUUGUAAUUCAAUGUGGCUAAUUUGUGUCGACGCUUUCUCGCAAUUUCCGUUCGUUGUACAACUAUCUACAACAACAACGGUUGACACCAUAUCAGCAUUGUCUUCUAUAUUUUCUCUGGAAGGUAUACCAGAAACCAUCGUAAGUGACAAUGGUCCGCAAUUUACAGCUGAAGCAUUCAACAAUUUUUGCUCAAAACUUGGCAUCAAACAUAUAACAACAGCGCCGUUUCAUCCAGCCUCAAACGGGUUAGCCGAACGAUUCGUCAGAUCUUUUAAAACUGCUGUUAAGAAAAACAUUGACGAUGGAUUGUCUCUCAAAUUCGCUGUAUCAAAAUAUCUUGCAACAUAUCGUGCAAUGCCGAAUGCUGAGGGUAAAUCACCUGCAGAACUUUUACAUGGAAGGCCUGUUCGUACCUUGUUGAGUCAACUGUUUGAAUCGCCUAGAAAGCACCUUGAAGCUUCGAAACGGAAAAUGAAAUUCAGUCUAAAGCAACCCGUCUUCGCUCGAAACUACGCAAGAGGGGAAAAAUGGAUAAAAGGAGUUAUUGUAAAACAACUUGGUAAAAUGGUUUACAGAGUGAACACAUCUUUUGGUUACAUCAAACGUCAUGUUAAUCAGCUUAAAACUAGAAGUAGCUCUGACCUCUCUUCACAACCAAUUUUUGAAUUCGCUCCAAAUUUCAUCAAUGCCACACCGCCUUCAUCUAGCCAAUCAACAUUAAUGCCUAGUGAAGAACGUUCUACCGAAGUAGUUCAACUUCGAAAAAGUGGUCGUAUUCGGAAGGAUGUAAUUCGAUUUGAAUCCGACGAUUUCAGAAAAACUUGA